UUAAGACAAGGGCUGGCUGCCUGGAUAUAGUUUUCAAUCCUCGUGCCCUCCAUAUAUAUAUAUAUAUAUAUAUCGGUUAGGCUCUUGCAGUGAAGUAUACAGGGGAGACUCUUAUUACGAUUGAUAUCAUCUUGUAAAAAAAUUUUCGAAAGCUUGUUUCUUGGUGCUGAAAUCUAGUUACAUGACCUUUGUAUCGGCGGUACUUCUUUGAAGUUUGUGUUGGCUACGGGCGUUUCUUCAUGCUUGAUUAUCCUUGCUAUUCUUAUGGCCCUUCUCUGUCAGAGUUGCAACAUAUAAAACAUGAGGAAAUAGAGAGGCGGAAGAAGCUGAGGAUCUUACAAGUUCGAACACAAGCCAAAGAAAAUGCUGCAAAAGUUAGAAAAAUGUACGAUGCGAAGAAACAGCAACUAUCUGACAUUGUUGCAAAAGAACUUCAGGUAUUUAAUCAUUAUUUUAAUGCUUCAGGUUAAGCAUAUGAGAGAUGAUUUGAGAUUGUUAGAAGAAAAGAAGACUGAAUAUUACAACGUUUUAAGGCAGUCCGGUUCAGGCCACAGAGCUGCAGAAAAAUGGCAAGAUCCUACACCAGAAAUAGAACGAAACUUACGUGUGGCACAAACACGAGCUGAAGAUCGAUUCAAUCUGGCUAUAGACAAACUUCAUGAAGAAAAGAGAAUUGAAGAGUUGACAAAGCAUGAAACUGAAGAAAGACUGAAGGAAGUCAGGAAUGUUGAAAAUAUGCGUGCUGCUUUGAUCGCCUCUUUGCCUCCACCUGAGAAUGUCAUACUUGAAAAGGAUCUGGCAUCUACAGUUGAAAUGGAACCUCUUGUCCUUGUAUACGAUGCAGAAUCGAAAAAUACAAUACAUUCACAGAAUGUACCAUCAAAAGUGAUUAUAAAUAACGAUAGGAAUGAUGACAAUAAAACAGUUGACGGAAGGCAAAGAUACAAUGCAACUAUUUCUGCACACAAAGAAGAAGAACGUAUCCAGACAGUUGAACGUGUUAAUGCUAUUCAUGCUAAUGAAGAUUUAAUCAAAGCUGAUAUACGUGGGCGUCAAGCAAUGAGAAAAGAACGUAUUCGUCAACAUUAUCAAGCUUUAUUACAUCGUCUAGAUGAAGUUGGACGUAAUGAAAUCUUAAUACGUCGUAGUCAGUUAUCCUCUGGUACAGUCGGUGGGAAUUCUUUACCUGGUGGUCCAAGCAAUGAAGCUGUAAUUAGUCGUCGAUUAGAAAAAGUUUUUGAGGAUGAAAUACUGUCUCAACUGGCAAAUUCAAAUCAUAAGGAUGCCUAUUUCACGGAGAAUAUAAAUGAAGAGGAUUCAGUUGAUCAUGGGAUUAUGAAUACAGGCGAGCUGAUGUCAUCGGUUAUCGACGAGGAGUGUAUACCACCACCACCACCAGCAGCAGCAGCAGCAGUUCUGGAUGAUUCUGUUGAUGAAGAUAUCCCACUUCCAAAUGUAAAAGACGUAGAAUUAAGUAAACACGACACUAUUACACCAGAUGAAGACUAUUCAAGCCUGAAAGAGACUUCUAUAUCAACUGAACAACAGUCUACACAACCUAUUGAUUUAGGACCUGGUGAACGACUUAUUCUCCCAGAUAUUCGUCGUUGCCGUAUCCGUUCAGGUUCAUUAGCACUUGAUACACCGAAAUCAAUUACCUCAAAAUUACAUACACCCUUACAACAUUCCUCAUCAUUUGAAGAGAAACAUGCAACUGGGGGUAAUGGUACUACUACUAAUACUACUGACGAUGAUGCAAGUAUACAGUUACGUCAAAGAUUAUUAGAAGAUGAAUUAGAAAUGAUCGAUAGACGCAUAAAUCGUCUUCGAUUCAGUUCUCUAUGGGAGAAGAGUAGUGAUCAAGGCGAUCAACAACAAAUCGAUUCAUUGAAGUCUACAGAUGAAAAUAUAACUGAGAGGAAUAAAUCUAGAGGGAAUAAUAUUAUUACUAUUGCUACUCCAAGAAAUGUUUAUCCAAUUGAAGGUUGUUUAAAUUAUGAAAAGACAUUGGAUAGUGUACGGAGUACUUCAGAUGUUUCGUCAGAUGCAGACAGUAAAUUGUCCACUAGGCGGCUACGACGACCACAAGAACAAAAACAGCAACAACCGGCUUUACCUCCAUCCUCUUCAUUACUAAAAUCUACAAAUAUAAUGAAAAUUAAUGCAUCAUCAUGUUUUGAUUCUGUGCAAACUGAUCAAGACGCGUUAGAUCUAAACACUGGAAAGACGGUUUCAUCAAAUAUAAUGAAAUAUCAUAUUUCACAGCCUAUUACUGGUAUUCUAGCUGAACGUGCUCGUCGUCUUGUUAAUGCACAAAGAGCUGAAAUAUUAAAGCGCAAGGCUGCUAUCGCAUCGUUAUCAGAACAAUCAUCUUCGCAUUCUUAUGAUCAAGUUGAUAGUGAUGACAAGAGAGACUCUAAGUAUUCGUCGUCAGUUUCACCAGCGCCAUUGUCGUCUUCAUCAUCGUUUUCAUCUACUAUGAAGGGUUCAAGACAGGCAGUCGGUGUUGCAUCAGUGACUACUUCAUUGGAAUCUUUAUCUGACGGACAACAAAUCCAUGAUAAUGAAUGUUUAUUGAAGCCUUCUUUACAAAAAAAUAAAAGUGCUUAUGAAUCAUCUUCGAUGACAGUAUCAACUCCAGUUGGUAUUUCAUCAAAUCAAUAUGAAAAAUCUCAUAGCAGUGGAAGUGAUCAAGACGAUUUACAUCAUUCUAAUAAUAAUGAUGAUGAUGAUGAUGAAAUGAUUGCCGAUGAUGUUGUUACUCCUUUAGGAGAUAAAACAUUAAAUCCUCUCCACAGCCUUGAAGCUGCUGCCCCUUGUAUGGAUGAUUUGCAUACAGUUGAUGACACCGCUUUUUCCAAGAGAUCAUAUGAACCAAGUAAUCUUCACAUAUCUAAUGAAGCAAACGAAGAUCUAUCGAAAUCACUCAGACAAUUAAAUCUUCCUACUACACCGUCUGCUCCUCCUCCUCUGCCGCCGCCGCCGCCGUGCACUUCAUCAUCAACAUCAGUCCAGUUGGAGAGUUUUGUGAUGAAUACUACACCUAACAAUAUUUUAUCUCAACCACGAAUAACUUCACCAGUAUCAUCAACCCGCCGGUCGUCGACAUCACCAUCACCAGCAUCAAUUACUUCACCAUCAUCUAUUGGCUCGAAACAACCUGCCAAAGAUGAGUCAAGCUCAUCAGAGAAUAAACCUCAAUCUUCUGAAUCGUGUAUAUCUGACACACUGAAAGCUGAGCUGAAAGCUUUAUUAACCUCUUCAUUGAUCAAUUCACUGUUGAGUAGUAGUCAAACAUCUGGUUUAACCGAAACAAGUGAUCUCUACAAACUGCUCAGUUCACAAAGUUUUUUAUUAUCAUCAGUGCUGUCCAGCAGAGGACAGAAUGCAACUAAACAGACAACACUUAAUCAUAUCUCCAGUCUAACUAAAUCUUCAUCUAUUGACAAUGAAACAAUUCAACCUGUAACAACGACUGCAUCGUCAAUUUCAUCACCUCAUCGAUCACAAUCCUCGUCAAGUCAAUAUCCUGUUAAAGGUGAACAAUUGACUGAAUCAUCAGAUAUCGAAAAGAAUACUAAUGUUUCAGAUUUUCAAUCAAUAGACCGACCUUCAUGUGAUGGUAAUGCUGAGAAUUUAUCAGCCAAUCAAAAUUCAUUAAAUGAUUCACCACUAAAUGUUGAUUUGAUUAAAUCGAUAAAAAAACGUGUUCUUAAUAAAUAUAUUAGUGCUAACAAAGAACGACUACUUAACUUGUCUAACUUAAAUCGAAGUAAACUGAUCAAUUCACCGUCGUUACAAUCAUCAUCAGGAACAACAACAACAACAUCAACGCGAACGCGAUCAAAUAAAGAAUUUCAUAGUCUCUCUGAAGUAACCAAUACCGAUGAAAUUAAUUGGUCAGAAACACAAUCCGAAUCCUAUGAAUCACAUACAAAGCAAACUUCUCAUUUAAAUAAAUCAUUAAAAUUAUCUAAGAAUGAUCAACAAUCUAAUGAAAAUGGACAUUUAUUAUUAUCAUCAUCACACAGCUCUAAUACGCCAUCAUUAUCUUCAUCAUCGACAAACAAUCAUUCAAUAGGUGGUGUACGCUUCUUUAAACCGCUACCACGAUUAGAUGAAAAUAAUUCUGAGGAAUCGGUGCAUACAAUUCAAGUAACAUCGGAUUUUAUUAAUCUUUCCAAUACGCCAUCAUCAUGGACAGAUAGUAGAAAGUCAUCAGAAUUCGGUUAUUUGUCUAGUGUCACGUAUUCACCGCCUGAAAAUAUAUUAGAGAGUAAAGUAAUAGACAGUCAACAGGAUCAUAUUGUUCCAGCGGCGGCUGCUGUUGAAACACCUUCACAGUGUCAACAGCAAUCAUCAUCAUCACCACGACCGCCAUCAUCAUCUAAAGAAAAGGUGCAUGCCGAUGGUGACCCCGGCGAUGAUGAUGAUGGUGAUAAUGACACCGUCCGUCAGUUACGCGCUAAUAUUCCUUAUACACCAGUAGAACCAAGUGAAGCUGAGAUUGCGCCUUGUUUAGGCUCUAGACUGUCAAUGGUAUCUUUAGACAAAUUAGAGAAUUUAAUAUCUGCAUCAGGUCAAGGAAGAAAAAAUACAUUCAUUAAAAGAACUAUGGAAUAUUCAGCAACAACAGUCUUGGAUUCCAGCAGCAUUUGGGAGAAAUCGAGCAAUGGAAUUCAAGAGACUAUAAAAACUGUUGACAGUAGAAUGGUUAAUUCCACUGAUAGACAUGAGGAAGGAGUAUCUGUUGGCAACAGGAAUAAUACAGUUACAAUAAAUGGUGAAAAAGAAACUGAUACCUCACAUCAUAAUCUUCGUCCAUCAAGUCCUGCUGAAGGUGCAGUCAGUGAAUUUUCUCAUCAAUAUCAUCAUCAUCAGCGGCAGCACCACCAUCAAUAUUAUCAAAAUGCUUCGUCAAUUUCUUCUUUCUCCUCAUCAUUACCAUGUGUCUUUACUAAAGAUUUCCAGUCGUCUGAUGAAGUGUAUGAAAUGAAGAAUGACACUAUUGCAACACCACAUUAUGCCUCAGAUAGUAAUCUGAAAUUGUGUAGCCAGACAGAGGUUGUUAAAGAUAUUUCAUUGACGGCUUCAUUAAUAUCUUUUCAACAGAAUGAAACACGCUGUAAUGAACUGAACACUUCACAGUCUUCUGAAAUCGUUAAAAAUAUGAAGGAUCAGUUUUUGGAUGCUUUACCUGAAAGUAUAACUGCUAAAGAUGUUGUAUUGAAUGCUGAUAUGUUGGUGAAUAUUUCAACAAAUAUGAAAUCAUCAAUUCCACCAAAUAAACAUUCAUUGAAUAAACAAACUUCAAAGGAUUCUUCAAGCAGACCAACUAAUCCUGUUCGUAAUGGACUUCGUAUGGUUAAAGCGUCUACUGAGGGAAAGUCACAAAUCUCUUCUUCUACAACACAUAAUCUGCCUAGACAGAAAUCUACAGGUCGUGGAUUCCUUCAAAGCAGUGCUUCAGUUGUGCAAACAUCAAUGAAAAAUAAAUUGCAAAGUACAGGCAUUCCUCGUGUUGAACAAAAAUUACCUAGACCUUCUUCAUCAAUUCCUAAAUCCCAUACACAGUCAUCUAACACUAUCAGAUCAUCUAUCAAACAUCAGCCUUUGAUACCUCGUAAUGCCCCACCUGUAUGCCGAAUUGAAACUUCUUCUUCUUCUGCUUCGUUAUCUGGAUGUCGAAAGUUAAAUCCUAUCGAUCUAGCAAAAACAUUACGCAUGGAACUUGCACAAUGGCAAAAAAAGCGUUUAGGACAACGUAAUGAAGCUGUUAGUGAGAAAGCCACAACAUCGCCACCAACAAUAACUACAACACUAAGUGCUUCUGAUUCACCGCCACACACCAUCCAAGCCUCUUCUUCUUCAUCUUCUGGUGAGCCUAUUGUCGACAGGAAUACAACUAGCGAACAUGUACCAAAGACUGAAGAUAAUCAGUUGUAUACUGAAGAAGCCGCGGAUCGAGUGGAACCUACCAUUGGAACUAGUACUACAAAUCAGUUAUUAAUUGAUUUAACUUUGAAUACUACGACAAAGCAUUCACCUAUAUCUUAUUCUGCUGAUAUGGAUGCUACAGAUUCUCCAGUAUUGAUUGACUCUUCAGGUGAAGGUGAAGGCGACUUAGCCUCUAAACAACAAUCUGAAAUGAUGAACAUCCCUGUUCAAUCAUCCCCGGAGGUCAAAGUUUCCCCUGAGAUGAGCUUUCAUUUUUCUCAGGAUAAGAAGAUAGCUGACAACCGCUUAGAUAAUGUCAAACAUGCAGAUAAUUCUAGUUGUAUAAAAGCUGAUCAAAUCAACACUUCCAGUUCACAUUUACCAUCAAAACUUCGUAAAGAAAAUAAUUCAGCAUUUUGUGCCUCAGAUCGUCAUAAACGUGCAUUAGUCAAUCGUUCACGUGUUAAAGAAUACGACCGUAUUCGUCGUGAACAGUUGAUGAAACGAAGAUUAUAGAUUCAACUAGAUAUAAGAGAAUUAAUACGCCUUGAUCAAUAUAUAAUUUACUAACUAAUUCCGAUUAAAUUGUAAUUACACACAUACAUACAUACACUAAUUUAUUCACCUAGAAUUUUUCAAACAUACACUCCAGUAUUUCUAUUUGUGAAUGUAUUUUUUUCCUUCGGCAGUUUGGUAUUACAGUUUUUCGAUUUUAUAAAUAGACGCUAUUGGAUUAAAUAUGGUUGGUUUUCUGGGUUUGAUAAUCGUUAUAAAUUGAAUGUAUGCUAACAUAACAGUAUUGUAAAGACAAAAGACAAGGGCCAGGCAGCAGUUCGUUUAUUGAGAAAAUCAACAUGUAUUUAUGCAUUUUUAUGUACAUUAUUAUUAGCGUUAUUGAUAGCAGAGAAACAACGUCUUCUGAUUGGUUGCUUUCUCGCUGAAGGUUAUUCUAUCAUCCUCUUUGUUGCUGUUUCUUAGACAAUUCGUUAAUAUAUCUGCGAAUUGUAUCCGCCCACGCUAAGUCUGUUAUGAUUGGUUGUUGAUUUUCUCAAGGUUAGGCUUUGUUCUUAUUUCCUCUCCUCUCCUGACCAAUUUCGGCUUGCCAACAGCUCUCACCAUAGUAUUACAUAUCCUUG